AUGUCUUCACCAAAUGAUGUCAGCAUGGAAGAAAUACCACUGGAAGAUGAUGAGCGAGACAGCAUAGAAUACAAGAUCCUGAUGGCCUAUGCCCAGCGGCGACUGUCUGGCAGUAAAUAUGGGAAUCUUCUGAGAAAUGAGGCUAACGUAAAGAAAUCAUCAUCCCUAAUCAGAAGAAAAGUAAAGAUGGUCCAUCUUGAUCCCUUUGAUGGUCAAAGCCAAAGAAUUGUUUUUCAGGGUGGCGGUUUCAGGAAUCAGGGCAAAGAGCAAGUGAAAGCCAAGAGCUUGUCUACCUCCAACCGAUCUUUUCUCUCUGGCAGAGAAAAGAGGGAAAAGCCCCCAGUGCCGUUACUGCAGGGAAGGCGCACAGUAAAUUUCUCCAUUUCUGAGACCCAACCUGAGAUCCUUUCACAAGGGAAUUCUCAGCAUCAGACAAGUGAAACAGCAGAUGUCAACCACAUUGCAGACAAACUUGCCAAGCUUGUUACUUCCAGAUCUCAGGAAUCUCCUUCAGAUGUGUCAUUCAGGAUGAUGUAUCAUGCCCCACGUCAGGAACAAGACAAUAGCCAGCCUGCUGAUGGACAUAAGGGCGAGGAACACGAUGAAGAAAAGAUAAUACAAGAAAUAGUUUCACUGUUAAGACAAUCAGGGGAUCGACUAGAAGAAAAGAUCAAAAAGGACAGGCUUUUCUAUCAGUGUUUUAAAGAGAUGCUGUCCUACACCUUCUUCGAGAGGAUCACUGAUACGUUCCUGGAGAACGUCUCAGCAGAUUCAACAAAUGAGCCAAGAGGCCAAGUACAACUCACAAAAGUUGCCUUUACAAUGGAACUUGCCACCAGACUUACUGCUGUGGACAACCACCCCAUGAACCUGGUCUUGGGCUUCGGAUUAAAGUACCUCAGAGAACACUUCAAGCCGUGGAUUCAGGACCAGGGUGGCUGGGAGAAGGCUCUGACUUCACUGGAUCAGGAAGAAGUAGAGUAA